AUGUGCAACCGAUUGUCCCCGAUGAAUGUUGAUGGCAGUGUAAUGAAUAGUGAAGGAGACAAGCAGAACACCAUCUGCUUUCCCAUCAUCGAGCAGAAUGGAUCAACAGCAGCUGUGCAGGAGCCCGACGCUUUGCAGUCAGAGCAGGCUAGGGAACCCGAGAGCGAGGGAGGAGGAAAACAGGACAGCAUCAGCUCAGGGUUGAAAACACCGGAGGAGCAAGUUACAGAGACUUCUCAAGUCAACCUGUUGCGUGGUGACAAGUGUAUGAGCUCUUGUGAUCAGAGAGAUGGGACGCUGUGGCGUGAAUCGCUGGCGAACCCAAAAGACGAUCCAGAUCUCAACGAAGUUGUAGUUGAAAACUCAGAUCAUCACAAUCAUCUUGACAUGGACUACAUGAUGGAGGACUGCAGUUUGCAAGUUCCAAGAUCAGAGCAAUAUAUCCCGAACAAGGCCUGUUCAUAG